UUUUUUUAAAUAUCAAAAACUGCUUUUUAAAAAAAAUGGGUGCUUCUUUCUUCCAACAGCUCUUCUUUCCAGCUCCAAAAUCCACCAUCCAAAGCUCUUCCACGUCUCCUUCUUUCGUCUUUGUCACCUUCAAUUUUUCUCUCUAGGGUUUCAACUUCCGGAAAAUAGCAGAAAUUCAUGGACUUCGUAUAUGUAAAUUGCACUUAUACUUCUCCAUGUCCCCUCCAAAAUCUCAAACCCCACAUAAGCCAUAAGAAAAAUGUGCCAAUGCAAGCUCCAACUUCUUUGUAUCCUAUCUUACAUAGAAGAAGAAUAAAAAGAAGCAAGAAAUGCUUGCCGGUACGAAUCUCGAAUUUCGCGGCUUCAGCAACCGAAAGGUCUGCUAAUGGUACCGUAACGAGGAGAAGCUUGACAGCCACGGUUAGGGAUGAGAGCCGUGCUUUGCCGGUUGGUAAGUCCAGCGAUGCCAUGGAACAGCUCGAUAUCGAGCGCGGAGUUUGCAUACCGUUUCGCAAGUACACUCCUGAUACAGUGAGAAAUAGAGUUUUGGAAUCAAGAGGGGCUAUUUUAUCACUGAUUUUGCGAGGUGUUGAGAUAGUGUGGAACUUGGGGUUGUACUGGUCUACCUUGAUGUAUGAUUUCAUGGUUGGAAGAGACGAAGAGGUUGUUCCAUUUCGUGCUCGGCAGCUUAGGAACCUACUGUGUGAUCUGGGGCCUUCUUUUAUCAAAGCUGGUCAGGUGCUUGCAAACAGACCUGAUAUCAUCAGAGAAGAUUAUAUGAAUGAACUUUGCAUUCUUCAAGAUGAUGUUCCUUCUUUUCCGAAUCAGGUUGCUUUCAACAUCAUAGAAGAGGAAUUAUGCCAACCCCUUGAAGCUGUUUUCAGUAAAAUAUCAUCGCAGACAAUAGCAGCUGCAAGUUUAGGCCAAGUUUACCGAGCUACAUUACGUACUACUGGUGAGGAUGUUGCUAUCAAGGUGCAAAGGCCAGAAAUAGAACCUAUAAUAUAUAGGGAUCUUUUUCUUUUCCGUACUCUUGCUUCAUUCUUGAAUGGAAUCAGUCUCCAGAAACUCGGGUGCAAUGCUGAGCUUAUAGUUGAUGAAUUUGGUGAGAAGCUUCUGGAGGAGCUCGAUUACACUUUGGAAGCUCGUAAUAUUGAAGAUUUUAUUGAGAACUUCAAAAAUGAUCCUACUGUCAAAAUCCCUCGGGUAUACAAAAACCUAUCUGGUCCACGAGUUUUAGUAAUGGAAUGGAUUGAUGGUAUCCGGUGCACUGACCCACAGGCUAUCAAAGAAGCUGGCAUUGACUUAGAUGGGUUUUUAACAGUUGGAGUGAGUGCUGCUUUGCGGCAAUUGCUAGAAUUUGGGUUAUUUCAUGGAGAUCCACAUCCUGGAAACAUUUUUGCUAUGCGUGAUGGACGCAUUGCAUAUGUUGAUUUUGGGAAUGUUGCCGUGCUUAGUCAGCAAAACAAGCAGAUUCUGAUUGAUGCUGUUGUCCAUGCUGUAAAUGAGGACUAUGCUGAGAUGGCAAAUGAUUUCACCCGGCUUGGCUUCUUGGCUCCUGGGACUGAUGUCUCCCCUAUCAUCCCAGCUCUAGAGGCAAUCUGGCAGAACUCUUCUGGAAAAGGACUGUCUGACUUCAAUUUCCGAAGUGUUACUGGAAAAUUUAAUCAAUUGGUAUAUAAUUAUCCCAUCCGUAUUCCAGAGAGGUUUUCCCUCGUUAUACGUUCUUUAUUGACUCAAGAGGGUAUCUGUUUUACUCUGAAGCCAGACUUUAAAUUUCUUGAGGUGGCUUACCCAUAUGUGGCAAAGCGUCUCCUGACAGAUCCAAACCCUGCUUUGCGCGAACGCCUUAUACAGGUUCUAUUUAAAGAUGGUCUUUUCCAAUGGAAGCGGCUAGAAAACCUUAUUGUUCUUGCAAAGGAAAAUGUGGCCAAGAUGAGCAGCAAUCCUGCAUUGCAGGCAAAGGACAUGCAAAAGUCAAGAAGUUUGCAAGUUGAAAGAAAAUUAGAUCUCACAGACACCAUUAAAGAUGGAGCUCGUCUUUUCCUAAUUGACGCAAGUAUUCGUAGACAGCUUAUUUUGGCUUUGACCGAAGAUUCAAAGCUUCAUGUUCGAGAGCUUGUGGAUGUAUAUAGACUACUUGAAGAUCAGAUAGACAUACCAUCAGUAGCUUUAGAAGUAGCACGAGACUUUCCAACUGUUGUUCGAGAUCUCAUGCUUUCUUGGAGCGAGUCAGUCUUAUCGGAUAGAUAGUUUAAGCAUCGGAAAAGCUGCAAAAAACAAUACCGGUUUUACCACACAGGAAUACUAUACUAUGCCUACCUCUCACUGAAUUAUCAUCGAACCAGAGCCUGCUUUUUCAAAUUGUCAAUAUUUAUCAAGUUGUAAAAUUAACAAAGAUUCAUUGCUUUUUGUAUCGGAAUGCUUGUUAGUUACACUCGUAUAUAAGAAUGUAUAGAUAGAAGUGUAGAUUUUUUGGGAAGAAUUGUGAGGGAGAUUAAUCAAAUUUGCAUUACUAUAUUGGACUACAA